AUAACCACCGCCUCCCGCCGAGCCGAGUACAGCCGCUAGCAGAUAGGCAACCGGCACCGGUACGGUCGUGUCUCGUGCGGUCGGUUGUGCUCGUUAGCGAUUCACAAUUCACUUUUCAGUCAUUCGAACGCGGCUCACGCUUCGUGUCUGCCGUCGCGGCGUCGUGUCAUUCUAUCGCGACCAAUCGAUUACGUAAUAAAAAAAAUAGUUCUGAGGUGCGCCCGGCGGACGGUCUGUACGGCGUGUGGUUGACGAGUUGAUCUUUCAGUUCUCUCGAGCCAUGACGACGGGUCUUGUCGUCGUCAUUCUACCACAGCCUUUGUACGAAUAACCGACAACUAUGGGAGCCAAAGUGUCCAGAACCGAUUUUGAGUGGUCGCCCACGGAAGAACCGCACGCGACGCGUAGGAAAGAGAUUUUAGAAAAGUACCCAGAAAUCAAGAAACUUUAUGGCCCAGAUAAGAAUUUUAAAUGGAUUGUUGUAAUUACUACAAUAUUGCAGUUGGGAUCUCUUUUUUUGAUUAGUGAUUUAAGAUGGCCAACUGUUAUAAUAUUAGCCUAUUGUUUUGGAGGUGUUGUAAAUCAUUCAUUGAUGCUUGCAAUCCACGAAAUUGCCCAUAAUAUGGGAUUUGGACCAAAAUAUCCAAUGUACAAUAAGUUAUUGGGUAUGUUUGCUAACUUACCCAUUGGUCUUCCAUUCUCUGUAACUUUUAAACACUACCAUCUAGAACAUCAUCGGUACCAAGGAGAUGAGAAACUUGACACAGACAUACCUACAUAUGUUGAAGCAAAAUUAUUUAAUUCAACAUUUGGAAAGUUUAUCUGGGUAUUACUGCAGCCAUUUUUCUAUGCUUUAAGACCUAUGUUUGUUUAUCCAAAAAAUCCAACUGCACUUGAAAUCAUUAGUGUUGCUAUUCAGUUAGCAUUUAAUUAUUGGGUAUAUUUAUAUUUUGGUACAAAAGUAAUAACAUAUAUGUUAGCUGGUUCAUUGAUGGCAAUGGGUCUUCAUCCAGUGGCAGGUCAUUUUAUUUCCGAGCAUUAUAUGUUUCACAAAGGAUAUGAAACAUACUCAUAUUAUGGUCCAUUAAAUUUUAUAACAUUUAAUGUUGGCUAUCAUAAUGAACAUCAUGAUUUUCCAUUUGUUCCGGGUUCUAAACUUCCGCAAGUCAAGAAAAUUGCACCAGAGUUUUAUGAUAAUUUACCUCAACACCAUUCAUGGACAAGCGUGCUAUAUGAUUUUAUAAUGGAUCCUAGCAUUGGACCAUAUGCACGAAUAAAGCGUAAACAUAAAGGAUUGAAAUUUUAAAUUAUUUCUUAAACAUAAAUUAAACUAAAUGUCUAUAGACGAAACUGUAAUCUGGAUAAGAAAAGCCAUAACUCAGUUUAAGCUCUCUAUUUUUUGUUAUUAGUUUAAAAAAAAAAUAAAAAUUUUAAAAAUUAA